CCAGUUGUUUUAAGUCUAUUUUUUAAUAAUUUUUUGGGCUUUGUCUCUCGCCUAUUGCCGUGUGGUUUUUACACUACGCGUAUAAUGGCGAGCUCGGCUAACUCGAACCCAGUGCCUAAACUGUACAGGUCUGUGAUCGAGGAUGUCAUCAACGAGGUGCGGGAGCUGUUCCUGGAUGAGGGGGUGGACGAGCAGGUUCUUCACGAGCUGAAAACGUUGUGGGAAAACAAGCUGCUGCAGUCCAAGGCAGUGGAGGGCUUCCAUUCUGACGAGCAGGCAGCCCUGCAGGCCGCGCAGCAGGCGACGCAGGCAGCACAGCCCCAGCAGGUCAUCCUGCCCCCCCAGCAGCAAGCUCCUCAGCAGCAAGUCAUUGUUCAGGAUCCUAAGAUGCUGCAGCACAUGAGCGCUACAGGGAUGAGUGCAGCAGCCACCGCAGCAACUCUCGCUUUACCCACAGGCGUCACUCCGUACCAGCAGCUCUUCACCAACCAAGGUCAGAUCCUGCAGGUGGUGCGGGGUCCAAACGGGGCUCAGUACAUCAUCCAGCAGCCACAGCAGCCCAUCGUGCUGCAGCAGCAGCCCAUGCAGUCCGGGGGGGUGCAGGCGCCGGUCAUACAGCAGGUCCUGGCUCCUCUUCAGGGGGGUCUGCCCCAACAGACGGGGGUCAUCAUCCAGCCGCAGCAGAUCGUUUUAGCUUCAGGAAACAAAGUCCAAGGCAACACGCAGCAGGUGAUGCAGGCAGCAGCCAUGGUGCCGCAGCCGGGUCAGGCUGCAGGAGGAGCAGCAGCAGCUCAGCUCCAGCAGGUCCAGCAGGCCCAGGGUGCAGCUGUGCCGCAGGCCCCCCCACAGCCUCAGGCUCAACAGCAGCAGCCCCAAGCGCAGCAGCCUCCCAUGAUGCUCCAGGUGGACGGAGCUGGAGACACUUCCUCGGAGGAGGACGAGGACGAAGAGGAGGAGUACGAUGAAGAUGACGACGAGGAGAAAGAUAAGGAUGGUGCGGAGGACGGACAGGUAGAGGAGGAGCCUCUGAACAGCGGGGACGAUGUGAGCGACGACGACGGAGGGGAGCUGUUCGAUACAGAGAAUGUAGUGGUGUGCCAGUACGACAAGAUUCACAGAAGUAAGAACAAAUGGAAAUUCCACCUGAAGGAUGGGAUUAUGAACCUUAACGGCAGAGAUUAUGUUUUUUCCAAAGCCAUCGGUGACGCCGAGUGGUGAGGCAGGAGGGGGGGGUGAAGCAGCCGGAGCAGGAAGUCUGUAACUCCUUCUGUCCAGUUAACAGAGCCUGCUGCUCCUUCCAAACUCUGUGACCAGAUCCCUUCAACCAGCUGCUUCAGAGUCUGUGAGAACUCGAACCCCCAAAAGGAUCCAGAGGUACGGUAAAACCGGGGCGUCGUCCAUCAGAGACACUCGACUGGCCUUGCAGGACGAGAACCCUACAGAAGAACGGAGAGGCUGUGUUUCUCUCUUUUUAUCUUCUGCAUCUUCUCGGAUUUUCUGCCCUUUUUUUUCUCCCCCUGACAGAGUUCACGUAAACUGUUCACAUUAAACAGGUGUAGCGGACCAGGGUGCCCCGCCCCCGGAGGACAGAGGUCAAUCAUUUUAACCCCCACACACCACCAGAACCAUGGUUCUAUGAUGCACUGUAGUCUGUUGACUGGGUUGACCCGUGUCCACGUUCUUGUCCAAACUCUGUGCCACCAGUCCAAACUGCUGCCUUUCAGAGACCCGACUCCCGUUUGGGCUCCUGCGCUCGUUUUGGCUUUUGGAGUUCUCGUUCCGUCUGCACGUUUUGAACAAUGGUGCUCCAGAGUGUUUUUAUGAAGUUAAUCAAUUGUUAUCUUAGAGAUUUUAAAGAAGUGCUUGAUGAAGGUUGAAGGAAGGAAAAGGUAAAUCGACACGAAUCUUAAAAUAUUAAUAACAGUGUUUAUUUUUUAUCAACUGUACCGUUGUUUUCCCUCUUUGCUUCUCUGGAGCUUCAUUCCACCUUUUUAUCACAAGUUAAAAACAACAUUAAAUUGGAUGAAAUGAAAAGUUAGCCUUGUUGGUGGAUUGUUUAGCUUUUUGUUUUCUGCAGCCGCCUGAAGAUUUGCACCUUCAGCUCAUCAGCAUGACGUCAGUCUAAAGGUUUUCUGUCUGCGUUUGUGCGCUACUUCAAUUUCUCACUCACCCUACAAUCUGAAAAACAAACACUGAGGGUGGCAACACUUCUUUAUUUAUUGCUAUGAUUAUUAGUUUUAUUUUGAAAGGUCGCAGCACCAAACUGUGCUCUUAUUAUCUUAAUAAGUGUUCCUUUUUGUUUGUUUCUGGGCUGAAGCUACCUGAUGCUGUGCUCUGAAUCAUUUGCCCACCGUCCGUCCUC